AUGCCUUAUGCUUAUGAAUGGGAUGAAGCUAAAAGAAUUCCUAAAGAAUUAUUCAUAAAAAUGGCUGAUGCCGGUAUUUUAGCUGGUGUUGUAGACUUUGAUCAUUUCGCAGAAUUUGUUCUUUCUGAUGAAUUGGCUCGUUGUGGUUCGGGUGGUAUUCUUUGGGGUUUGACUGGUGGUUUGGGUAUUGGACUUCCACCAAUUCUUAAAUUUGGUAGUGAAGAACUAAAGAAAAGAGUUGUACCUGAAUGUCUUUCUGGUCAUAAAAACAUCUGUCUUGCUAUUACAGAACCAUACGCUGGAUCCGAUGUAGCAAAUAUUAAAACUGAAGCCAAAUUAUCUGAUGAUGGUCAACAUUAUAUUGUAAAUGGUGAAAAGAAAUGGAUAACCAAUGGUACAUUUGCUGAUUAUUUCACUACUGCGGUCCGUACUGGAGGUCCUGGCAUGGGUGGAAUUUCUCUUCUUUUAAUAGAAAGAACAAUGCCAGGUGUUAAUACUCGUCAAAUGUUAUGUUCUGGUGUAUGGUCAUCUGGUACAGCAUAUAUCACAUUUGAUGAUGUAAAAGUUCCAAAACGUAACCUUGUUGGUAAAGAAAAUGGUGGAUUCAAG